AUGGGUGAUACAACUACAAUGGGGUCUAGUGUUGCCCCUCAAGAGGAGGAGCUCACUGAUGACCAGAUUCAACAACUGUUGCUGGAAGCAGAGAACAGACUGCGUGGCUCAGACACCCAGAUCGCCCCGGUCGACGCCGCUUCUUUGAGAAUCCCCAAAUUGUCCACCAGCUCUACCUUGGCGCCCUACAUGCGUCCUGAUGCCGAGGAUAUUGCUACCGUUGAUUCGGCCCAGCUCAUUGAUCCCAAGCAGAAGGAGCUGUCGAACACCAUUCGGUCUGUUGCUACAAAGACUGCUGCAAAGAAGGAUAAGGUUACCGCCGGACCCGAUUGGUUCAACCUUCCCAAGACCGAUUUGACCCCGGAGCUCAAAAGAGAUCUGCAACUCAUUCGGAUGCGUUCGGUCCUGGAUCCCAAGAGACACUACAAGAAGGAGAAUGGCAAGGCCAAGAUUCCCGAGUUCUCGCAGGUCGGCACCAUCAUCCAGGGUCCCACCGAGUUCUUCAGCGGUCGUAUCGCCAAGAAGGAUCGCAAGAAGAACUUUGUCGAGGAGGCCUUGGCAUUGGAGCGGCAGAACAGACGCUUCGAGUCCAAGUACCGCGACAUCCAAGCCACCAAGACCAGUGGAAAGAAGGCUUUCUACAAGGACUUGCAAGCCAAGAGAAAUCGGAAGAUCAGAUGA